CGAUCAGAAUGCAUCAGUGACGUUUUAAAAAGCCUCGUCUAGUACUUUGGGACGGGCAGAAAGAAGCUUCUGCGAUGGACCAAACGAAAACGCCAGUUUCUCGGCUUCUCAACACAUCCUGCGUUGAGAAUAAGGACGAUCUUGAAGAGAAAUUCGAAAGAUGCUAUUUGGUACUGCAAAAUUUAACUGCAGGACUAUCAGAGAAAGAAGCGCACGACACAUUAAAUAAUGCCGUUUGUAAGGAGAAAACAUAUGAGGAGGUUUCAUUGGGAUUACUCGUGGUAAUUCUAUCGGAACCACAAAAUGCUGCCAAAAGUUACAGGGACUUAAAUUUGAUUUCAAAAGAUGGCUUAAAUAUUGUUUUAAGCCAUCUCAAUCAAUUAGUGUUGGAAAGAUAUUUACGAUUAAAUGAUGUCGCCAGAAAUCAAUUACUUUGGUUAUUACGAGAAAUGAUAAGAAAUAGUGUUGUGAGUGUUGAUACGCUGUGUUUAAGUUUAUUGAGGCACGCGGCCGGAGGCGAUACAUCGCCACGUAAUUUAUUUCUCGUCGAUGCUCUUUUAGAUGUUUUUCAAGAUAAUAGACCAUGGUUGGACAAAUUUCCCAUUUUAAUAGCAUCAAUUGUUUAUACUUAUCUUCGAUUAAUAGAAGAUCACAGUGCAGCACAUUUAUCAAGUCUUAGGCAAAAGGAAGUCACCUUUAUGGUGAAUCUCAUUCGAGAGAGAUUGAUUGACUGUCUAGUUAUUGGAAGGGAUCUAGUACGCUUAUUGCAAAAUGUCGCAAGAAUACCAGAAUUCGAAGCAUUAUGGAAGGAUCUACUGCUUAAUCCGAAGUCGCUUUGUCCAAAUUUUACAGGUGUAUUACAACUUUUACAAACAAGAACAUCGCGUCGAUUUUUACAGUCGCGACUCACACCCGACAUGGAGAGAAAGUUGGUAUUCCUAACGAGUCAGGUGCGUUUCGGCAAUCAUAAACGAUAUCAGGACUGGUUUCAAAGGCAAUAUCUCGCCACCCCCGAAUCUCAAUCAUUAAGAUGUGACCUCAUACGUUUUAUCGUUGGCGUCAUUCAUCCCACGAAUGAACUAUUGUGUUCGGACAUCAUUCCCCGAUGGGCAGUUAUUGGUUGGCUUUUUACAACUUGCACAUCAACCGUUGCAGCAAGUAAUGCAAAAUUGGCUCUCUUUUAUGAUUGGCUAUUUUUCGAUCCCGAGAAAGAUAAUAUCAUGAAUAUUGAGCCGGCAAUUUUGGUUAUGCACAAUUCAAUGAGAUCACAUCCUGCUGUCACUGCCACACUUUUAGACUUUUUAUGCAGGAUAAUACCAAGCUUUUAUCCAGCGCUAACGGAAAAAGUGCGUAAUGGUAUAUUUUCAUCAUUGAGACAAAUUUUGGAAAAAAGAGUUUUGCCUACACUAAAUCCAUUGUUUGACAGUCCAAAAUUGGAUCGAGAAUUACGGACUAAAAUUAGAGAAACGUUUAAAGAAUUUUGCCUACCACCAAACGCUGAUAUUGGUAAUAAGCUUCAAAUAUAUUCAGGUAAAAUGGAGGAACUUAGUAAAGAUCUAAGUCCAGGACUGAUGUUGGAGAAUACGGGGAACGCAAUGACGGAAAACAAUCAUGUGGGAGGUGAAGCCGAACCCGCCUUUAGCGAUGAAGAAGAAGAAAUGCCCUUGAGGAUAGUGACAAAGUCUGAAGAUACUCAUGACGUUGACAUCCCAUUGGCAAAAGUGAAACCAUUAAAAAAUGAAAAGAACGUGAAUUGUGUUUCAAAAAAAGAAGACAUAACAACGCAGUUAAAUUUAAUUUUAGAGCCCGAUGAAUUGAAGACUGCAAUAGAAAGUUUACAUGUGGAAAGUGAUAAUGAAUCGAGAUGCCAAACAAUGGAAAGGAUAGUGCAAAUGAUUGUUGAAGAUGAAAUUGACACUGAAACAAUACCGGCAUUAGCUACUUGUAUUUCUUCCAUUCUUACAACGCAAAUAACAGCUGACAUAUUUCCCGCUGAUAAUCUUAAUGAAGAAGCUUUUGCCGACAGUAUAAGUACACCACUAUUUGUUAUGUUUAGAAAUCAAUUUCAACUUUGCAAAGAAGUUGAUAAUCGAAGAAAAUUGUUAGCGAGAGUAUUAGCCGAGAUACAAUUGAUUCAACCUAGGAUAGGUUAUCUUCUCUUGUAUUUUUUGAAAGUCUGGGGUAGAGAAGAAGAGAAACGAGAAGGCGAACCAAGCAACGUAUUGAAUGACGUGAAAGCGUCGGUGUACAAGGAUUUUUGUUCUCAACGAGAGAAGAAAUUGGAUUCUUGUUUAGUAACUGAUUUAAAGCUCUGUCAUGAAGAUAAUAUACCAUUACUAUGUUACCUUGUACCUGAUGUUUAUACGGAAUUUCAAAAUGUAGCAUUGGGAAAUGUUAAUCUUUUACAUUUAGUUGUAUCGACUGUUGAUCCAUGUCAACUACAGGAUCUAGUGUGUCAAAUAAUGCAGGGACAUUUAAAAAUGCUUAAGAAAGAAUCCUUUUCAUCUCUAUUGACAGCGAGCUUAAAUUGGGAUACUUUCGAGCAAUAUUGUUUUUGGCAAUUAAUAUUUGCACACGAUUUUCCCAUUGACUAUGUACUUCCAAUUUUACCAAAACUUCAAUUUAAGGAAAAUGCCGAAGCACUCACUUCAAUUCUAUUGAUGCUCAAACAAGAAAAACCUUCGUUGGAAUUAUUGAAGCAAUUGUUUACGCGUCAAAGUGCGGACGGUGAUAUGUUUGUUGCGUCGGCACUUCGAUAUUGGUGUCGUGAUUAUGAAGAGAAACUUGGUGAACUUUUGGCAAAUUUAUUGAGUACACGAUAUCCUGCCACAAGUCCAAAUAAACGAAAGCGAACAGGACCAAAGCAAAAUCAACAGUCGGGUCCACCGUCUGGUGAACAAGUUCUUGGUCAUUUGGAUCAAUUGCGUCAGCAAUGUUUGUCAGCGACGGAAUUACAAUUAUAUCAAUCGGAGGGAAUGCAACGUGCACUACAACAAGCGCAAGCUGCAAGUAGUGAUUCAUUGAGAAAAAGUUAUGGUGAUCUUUUUGCUCUUGCUGAAGUUAAUGAAGAAAAUCAACCACCGCCACCACCACCGCCAACAAGCUCAUCGAGAAAACAUACGUCAACAUCAAUUGGAAGUAGUACAGCCAAGGAAAAUUAUCGACGCGCUGGUGCCAGUACAAGGGAAAGAAAUGCAUUCAAGAGACAACCACCACGUGACAGAAAUUCUGAGAGUAGCGAGCAAAGCAGUGAAGAAGAAGAAAUUGUGAAAUCAAAACAAGCGAGAAAGAGAAGAAAGACAACGAAAAAGAUAGAUUCGGAUAGCGACUGACCAUCUAGUGUCUUGAAAUGUCACAUGGACCACUUGAAGUGUGUGCAGAAAGCUACGCUAGCCUUAAGAUUGAUAAGGUAGUAUAAUAUACAUAAAUAGGUCAAUGUAGUGAAUCUUGUAAAUAACGUAUGUUGAAUUCGAUCAUGAAAGGUUUAGAGAAUCAAUUAUUAUUAUUAUUAUUAUUAUUAUUAAUUAUUAUUAUUAUUAUUAUGGAAAACAAUUUGUCUAUUGAAACUCUUGGAUUAUCAACUUGAAUUUCUCGACUAUUGUCCAUUUAUUUUUUAAGUGUUAAAAAAAAAGAAAGACUUAUUUUCAAUUUUUUCUAAAUAUAAAAAUUAAAAAAAAAUUGAAUGUAAAAAAAAAUGAAUUUGUCAACGAAAAGAUUGACUUGAAUAUUAUUUAUCAGAUUGGUAUUAUUGAAUACCAAAACUGUUUAAAAAAAAAAUUUUUUUAUUAGGAGUCGCUAUCUUUUCUUAUGACUGAAAAUAUAUUAAAUUAAUAAAUAAAUUUCAAUUUCAUUUAUAAUAACGUUAAUAAAUUAAAUCCAAAUGUCGAUCAAAAGUAGCAUAAAAAAGUAAAUUUUUAUUGAAUUAUUAUAAAAGUGAAAUUGUUUUGUAAAAAAAAGACAACAACAACAACAAUCUCAAGUUAAUUAAUUGAGAAUUUAAUGUUUUAAUGAUGUUUUAUCAUACUCAUGAAUUAAUCUCGCAAUUUAAUGACACCGUUGCUUUUUUUCUAUAAAAAAAAAAAAAUUAUUGUGUAAGAAAACAGUAAAUAAAAAAAGGGUCCCCUAACUGUAUUUUGUAACACCGAUGUACCUUGAUUCUUAAACUUGAAAAGCUAUCGAUCGAGUCGAGAGAAGAGAAUUUUUCUGAUUUCUAUUUUCAUUUUUGUUUUUUUAAAUAUUGUUUUGUAAAAAUUAUACUUUAUACAUUAUUUUUAAAUUAUUGAAAAUUUAUUUUAAAUGUAUAGAUUCUUUUUGUAUAGAGAUUUUAGUUUUUUUUUUUUUUAAAUAAUUGUCUCCCAAAAAUCACAUAUCCUUUUUUUUUUUUUUUUGAUAUUGAUUUUGGAAUAAAAAGUUUUUAUGAAUUGUAAAAUUCUUUUUGACAUUGAUCUUGAUCUGAUGAGCUUUCACUGUUGAAGUUACGUUUGAAAAAUUGUAUUGUACAUUUUCUGUAAAAUCAGUUAAUCCAAACUGGACAGUUACAUUUAUAUAUUAUGUAAGUUGUAAAUAAAUAAAUAAAUAUAUAUAUAUUAUAUAUAUAAAUAUAUUUAAAUAUUAAGAUUGCGCAAGCUAAGAUCAACAAUAAAUAAAAUAAAGGGAAAUCUCCCGUUGAUUUUUUUUGUCAUCUUCGAUGUUUGUGUUAUUGCAAAAAAAAAAGUUGAAAAUACGUUUCUCGAAUUGAAGUUUAAAAUAAAAAAAAAAAAAAUUAUAAAUGAUACUUUUUGACAGUUGUAGAAUUGCAAGAAUGAGCGUGAGAAUGAAUGAGAAAAAAGAAAAUAUAAUGUGUUUGAAACUAUACAGUAUAUAGGGAACAGUGGAAAAAAAAGAAAUACUACGAUCGAUAGCGUUUAAUCGAUCGCGAGUCUGUGUACAAUUUAUUCGUAAACGCGCAAUGCAAAAAACCUUGUAGUUAUGAUGAACGUUAUUACAAAUUUUGAUUUUUCUUUAUUUUUAUUUUUUUUUUUACUUUUAAAUGUAAAUAUCGACGAUAUUAUUAAAUGAUAUUUAGGGCCAUGAUCAUUUGGCAAGAAACUUAAAAAAAAAAAAAAAAAAAUUAAAUAGUUCGCGGUACCGAAAAAAAGUGUAAACAUUUAAUGUUUUUAACGAUCUUGUACACAUUCAUAUAUACAUGUAAAUAAUUCAAUACAUGGAUAGAUUAUCGAAUAUGAACAUUUAAUGUUUUUAACGACCUUGUACACAGGAUACACGUAAUUGUAAAUAUAUAGAGAUUACCAAAUAA